AUGACCCGGCCUUACGUUUACUACUCUGCUCUUGUGGCUUUCGUUGCUGCGACGGCCAUGACCAUCGCGUCCAUUGCGAUUCCGAAUUGGAUUUCUUACUCAUCCACUUCGGUCGACGGCGAGACAUACUCGAAGCACAUCGGUCUACACAAAACCUGCUCAGAUCUCAACGAUCCGCCAUGCCGCGUCUUCCCGACCGAGGACCAAUGCCAGGGCGACGAACGCUAUUUCUGUGGCGUCUGGCGCACCAUGGGCUUCCUUGCAUCCUUCGCUACCGUCAUCUAUCUCGCCGGCAUCGUCUCCUUUGUGGUGGUCAUGGCAGGAGGCAAGUUCAAGCGCGAGGUUGGCUGGAAAGUGCUGAGCCCCCUGCUUCUCCUGGCCGCUCUUGUCGAAUUUGUCAUCAUGGGUGUCGUGGUCUACAUUUACAACAAUGACGAUCAGUUCACCGUUCCCGGCUGGGGCCUAGAUACGUCUUGGUUCCUCUGCACUGUUAGCGCCUCCAUUGCGGUGCUCUGCUCAGUAGGCCUGCUCCUUUCGGCCUACCUGCUUCCGCCCGAGGACGACUACGAGUUCCUGCAGGACCCUGUAUCCUAG